CAAACCAGUUCCGCACUGUGCUGUGUUGAUCGCGCGCGCGUUUUUACUUUUGCGCGCGACGCGACUUCGUUAAUUUAUGCUCGCGCGCUCUUUUAGUUGUGUACCGAAUGUCGCGCGGCCUGAUCGCCCUGUUUGUUGUGUGUGACGCGAGUAGUAACUUCACAAUCCAAUAGCGUUGUUGGCAUUAUUUGGCGUAUUUUUUUGUGCAACGGCAAACGAAUUGGACCGCAAAGCGGGCGCAUAUAGCCAAACCAAACGCCGUUUGUUUUUCAACUUCCGUCGGAUGUUGUGCAUUUGUUUGAACGGGCGCGCGGCUCCAACAAAUCGUGUUUUGUGCGCGAGUUCCUUAUUUGUUAUUGUACUUACUUAGCGGGCAGGUGGCUCACAGUUUUUGGCACCUUUUGAACUUUUUUACGCCCCACUCCAUUAACAACCGGUUGCCGGCGCGGUAGACGUUUAAACUUGCGCGUUCUUGUGCAUUAAGGCGGUGAAAUGUUUUGUGAAAUUAUUGAAUGUGUUUGCAAAUAAAUAUUUAUAUAAAAAAUAUAACAACAAAUGUGACUACUCACAGUGCGGCAUAUCAAGUUCGACUAUCAACAAAAUAAACCCAGUGCAAUCUAGACCGUAAACCAAAGUCUUGUUUUUUGACAAAAUUAUUGUUUUGGUCUCAAGUUGAAGCUAGAACAAGCUAUACUUUUUUGAAAAUAAUAAAUAAAGAUAUUCAUAACGGCACAUGUCGUAUUAUACUAAGUUCGUAAAAGACCCUUAAACAAUAUAUUUCUGCAAAAAAUGGAUAUGACCAGCGCGAAUUCGUUAAAUAUGCGACCUUUCUUCUCCGGAUACCCUUUUCAAGGUCAGGGACGCGUCAACCAACUCGGCGGUGUAUUCAUCAACGGACGACCGUUACCGAAUCAUAUACGUUUGAAAAUUGUCGAAAUGGCCGCUAACGGUAUAAGACCUUGUGUGAUCUCACGUCAGCUACGCGUUUCGCAUGGUUGUGUAUCGAAAAUAUUAAAUCGUUACCAGGAAACGGGUUCAAUAAGACCCGGUGUGAUAGGCGGUUCGAAGCCGAAAGUAACAUCGCCGGAAAUUGAAGCGCGCAUCGAGGAGCUACGCAAAGCCAAUCCGGGUAUAUUCAGUUGGGAGAUACGCGAGAAGCUGAUUAAGGAGGGCUUCACCGAUCCACCAUCGACAUCGUCCAUCAGCCGGCUAUUGCGAGGUAAUGAUCGUACCAGUGAAGAUGGACGCAAGGAUUAUAGUAUACACGGCAUAUUAGGUGGACGCGACUCAGACAUCAGUGAUACCGAAUCGGAGCCCGGCAUACCGUUGAAACGUAAACAACGGCGUUCGCGCACCACCUUCACCGCCGAACAGUUGGAGGCACUCGAGCGCGCCUUCACACGCACACAAUAUCCGGAUGUGUAUACACGUGAGGAACUCGCGCAGACCACGGGACUCACAGAGGCGCGCAUACAAGUGUGGUUUAGUAAUCGGCGAGCGCGUCUACGCAAGCAUUCCGGCGGCUCCGGUACCGGACAUUCACCCAUGAAUGGUGGCAGCGGUGGCGUUGGUGUACCUGGCGGGGUGGGUGGCGGUGCUGCGGCCACAGCGCCACUCGGUUUUGGUCCACUAGCCGCAGUCGGUUCCAUGGCGGGCUAUAGUCCCGCUGCAGCAAGUACCGCCAGCGCGGGCAUGAAUGAGAAUCACGCGGCGCAUGCAGCAGCGGCUGCCGCUGCGGCAGUUGCACAUCAUCCACACCACCACACACAGAUGGGCGGCUAUGAUUUGGUGGCGCAAUCGGCGCAACAUGGAUUCGCAAGCAGUUUUCAGCAUGGACACUUCGGCAGCCAGAAUUACUAUCAUCAAGAUUAUUCCAAACUCUCAAUCGAUGACUUCUCUAAACUGACACUGGAGAAUGCUUCGAAAAUUUCGCCUUCACUCUCACAUCUCACCGGCGAAAACUACACGAAACUGGACUCCACCACGAAUUGGUCACAAGCCGCUUACCAUCUCAAUCAGUCGGCAGCAGCGGCCGCCAACUACAAUGCUGCCGCCGCUCAUCAUGCCCAUGCGGCAGCCGCUCAACAUACACUCAAUGAUUAUGCGGCGGCUGGCGUUGCUGCAGCGGCGCAUAACAAUCAACUGAACAGCGCAGCAGCAGUCGCCGCGGCGGCUUAUAACCAUCCACUACCCACGCAGGCGCAAGCGAAGUAUUGGUAAAACAUUAAUUGUGGUGUGUAAUUAUUAGUGAGAGGUAGUAGUAGCUUGUUUGAGAUUGACGAGUGGUCAAAUAAAAGUUUUGUAAUGUGGCAAGGGAAUAUUUUCCUAGUGGAAAUCAGAGGUCUGUCUCAAAGUUGUUCUGACCACUUAUAUAGAAUCUACGAAUAUUGAGCACGCGGUUUUCGGUUGGUAGAUUCCAAACCUAUCUUUCAAACUCGGAUAUAUAACAGUGAAAUUAAUGCUGUGAAGCCCUAGCAUCAGAUCUUACGAGCGAGCCCCUUGGUCCAAAUGAAUCUCUCGGUUGUACUUAACUUUUGAUUUUUGGGAUCAAAGAUUAUCUCUCAGUAUAUUUAUUUGACACCAGAAAUCCCAAUAAAAAAGCCCGAAAAAAGGGUCCUCCAGUGUUUCAAACAGAUUUUUUUUUCGGGGUGGAGACUCUUGCUCUCCGUAUGUAUGUAUUUAGAUCCAUUGACUAUAUGUAUUAGAGUUCGUGAGUUCGUUUAAGGAGAAGAUCAAUCUUCUUCUUCUUCAAUCUUGUUAACUCCAGAUAUUCUGAGUGAGAAAGAGAGAGAGAGAUGGGGUGAGCGAAAGAUAUAGAGAGAGUUAUGACCGCCCGAUGUGAGCGAGUUAGUAAGUAGCCAAUAGAAGAGCGAGACCUUAGAAUUCGCUGUGAAAUCAAAUAAUAUAUGGACCAUUUUUAUGGAUAACAAAAUUCAACUUUGGAUUUUCAGAACCCUUCUAUAAGAGUAUUAUGACUAUUGCUAUUAAAAAAUAUUUAUCAUCCGUCUCAAAAACAUGAAAACCCAUUUGCUAUUGCUCAUUGAAAUAGCAAAUAAAAAUUAAAAAAAAACGUAAUAAAUCAUAAUUGUACAGUAGCUAUCAUAAGUAGGUUACCAUAAGUAUAAACAUCACAUACUUGUAUACACACUAUUAUUAAACACUGUGGUAUUUAAAUAAUGUUCGUUAAACAAUCAAUUCAACACUUUAAUUUAAUUUGUAAUCAUUACUUAAGGAGAAUUUGCAUACAAAAAAAGAUAAUUAUGUAAGUGCAUAACUGUGCAAAUAGCUACUUGCAAGUUUAUGCCUAAAAAAUUGCAUUAUUGAUUACUACAUAUGUCAUUAAUUUAUAAAUCAACUGUAAUUAAAAUUCAAUUAACAUUUUAUUAGUUAAGUCAAGUGUAACUUAUAUGGCCAAGGCCAAGCUGGUGGCAUACAAAGGCCGGCGCAAAACAAGUGAUGAUGGCGCGGCAAUGAGGCCGUGAGUCUGAUUGGAGGCUGCUGAUGCGACCCUGUGUUGGCCUAUGCCUUAUUAUACGCCAACUGAGCCUGUUAAUUGCAUAUAAACAUUGUAGCAUAAAAGUUAAUUAUUAAGUAAAUUUUAUUUGUAGGCAACAACAAAAGCAUAUAAAAUAAAGAAAUAUAUAUAUUUAUAUGAGUAC